AUGCUAACGAGAGAAGGUGUCCAUGAGAUACUCACAAUCUCAAAAGCUGCUGCCAACGUCGCUAGAGCUUCAUUGGACUUGGUACAGACAGAGGCUUGCAAUUUUUACAAGUCUUCAAUAUUGACCAAAAAUUGUCGAAUUCAUGAUGAAAUGUAUGACGAAUUGAAUUCAAAAUCUCAAUCAAUCAGAACUGGCACAACUCAUUCAACCAUAAUACAAGAUGAUAAAAGACCAAAGAUUAAUCCUCAAACACCAUCAACAUCAAGAAAUUAUUCAACAAAAGCUGUUAAACCAACAAUCAUCCCAGAAAUAACGGAAAAGACUCGUCAACCGGAAACAAGAGAUCCUCCUGCAAAAGUUGCUGCUAAAAUCUUGGAUGAAUCCCGUUAUGCUAAAAUACCUUCAACUAAAUUACAAAGAUUAUUCCAUUAUGGGCAUUUAGCUGCAAAUAUUGGGUUAAACACUGCAACUGAUGGAUUAAGAGCUUAUGCUAGUGGUGAAAAGACAGACUUAAGGAAAUUGGCAUUAUCCUCCAAGAAUGUUUCAAUUUUAGGUGAUAAAUUAAGAAAAAUGAGAGGUGCUGCUUUAAAAGUUGGACAAAUGAUGUCAAUACAAGAUGAAUCUUUUUUGCCUCGUGAAAUUUCAGAUUUAUUGAAAAAUGUUCAAAAUCAAGGUUAUUUUAUGCCUCCCUCACAAUUGGAUAGAUUAAUGAAAUUAAACCUUGGUGAAGAUUGGAAUACAAAACAUUUUCAAAGUUUUGAUGAAGUGCCAAUUGCAUCUGCUUCGAUAUCUCAAGUUCAUAAGGCUGUUUUGAAAAAUGGUUCACCAGUCGCUGUCAAGAUUCAAUAUCCUGGUGUUAAAGAUUCCAUAGAUUCAGAUAUGGAUAAUUUAUUAAUGUUUAUGACUGCUUCAAGAUUAUUACCAAGAGGUAUGUUUCCUGAAAAAUCUAUACAAAAUGCAAGAACUGAAUUGAAAUGGGAAUGUGAUUUUAACAGAGAAGCUGAGAAUAUUAAAAAAUUUGCUGAAUUAUUAGGUAAAGAUUCUGUUUUCCAAGUUCCAAAAGUUUAUGAUGAAGUUAGUAAUGAAAAUAUCUUGACAAUGGAUUAUUUAAAAGGUGUUGAAGUUUGUCGUGGUUCUUGGGAUCAAUCUACAAAUGACUGGAUUGCUUCAAAUAUUUUAAGAUUGUGUUUACAAGAAAUUGCACAAUUUAAAUUUAUGCAAACAGAUCCAAAUUGGGCAAAUUUCUUAUUCAAUGAAGAUAAUAAAAAAAUUGAAUUGUUAGAUUUUGGUGCAUCAAGAGAUUAUAAUGAUGAAUUUAUUAAAAAUUAUGUUUCAUGUUUAAGAGCUGCUGUGGAUAAAGAUCGUGAAUUGGUUAAACAUUAUUCACAAAAAUUGGGUUAUUUAACAGGUUUAGAAACUGAAGAGAUGGCUGAUGCUCAUGUGGAUUCGGUUGUUAUCCUUGGUGAACCUUUUUGUUCUGAUGGACUUUAUGAUUUUUCCAAACAAGAUGUUACAACAAGAGUUAAAGCCAAGAUGGGGAUUAUGUUGAAGGAAAGAUUAACUCCACCUCCUGAGGAAACUUAUAGUUUGCAUAGAAAAUUCAGUGGUGUCUUCUUGUUGUGUACAAGAUUAAAGGCAAAAGUUCCAUGUAAAGAAUUGUUUGAUGAAUAUUUCAAGUUAUGA